AUGUCCGAGGAGCUGCCCACGGGCCCCACGGAGAGCCCGCCGGCACCGCGGGCAGCCCCCCGCGAGGUGUGGAAGAAGGGCGGCCGCCUGCUGUCUGUGCUGCUGGCCUUGAAUGUGCUGCUCCUCGCCUGCACGCUCAUCAGCGGUGGCGCCUUCAACAAGGUGGCGGUGUACGACACCGACGUGUUCGCCCUGCUCACCACCAUGAUGCUGCUGGCUGUGCUCUGGAUCCUCUUCUAUCUCCUUCGCACCGUGCGCUGCCCCGACACCGACGCUGUCCCCUACCGGGACGGGCACGCGGGCCCCAUCUGGCUCCGAGGUGGGCUGGUGCUGUUUGGGAUCUGCACUCUCAUCAUGGAUGUCUUCAAGAUCGGCUACUACUCCAGUUCCUUUGAGUGCCAGUCAGCCAUCAAGAUCCUGUACCCUCUCACCCAGGCUGUGUUUGUCAUUGUGCAGACUUACUUUCUCUGCAUCUCUGCUAAAGACUGUGUUCAUACCCACCUGGACCUGACUCGAUGUGGUCUCAUGUUCACGCUCACCACCAACCUGGCCAUCUGGAUGGCGGCCGUGGCGGAUGAAUCGGUGCACCAGGCCCAUUCCCUCAGCAGUUCUCACGGCAACACCAGCCUGCAGCUCCACGCCCCCCUCUCCACAGUGCAGCGUGCGGGCAGCCCGGUUGGAGAAGACUGCUCCUGCGACACGGCCGUCUGCCAGAUCUUCCAGCAGGGCUAUUACUACCUGUGCCCCUUCAACAUCGAGUACAGCCUCUUUGCUUCCACCACGCUCUAUGUCAUGUGGAAGAACGUGGGCAGGCUGCUGGCCUCCUCUACCCGUGGCCACAGCCACACGCCAUCCCUGCUCAGCCACUUCCGGGAGACCUUUUUUGCCGGCCCGAUACUGGGCCUGAUGCUUUUCGUCGUGGGGCUGGCCGUCUUCAUCAUCUAUGAGGUCCAAGCGAGCGGGGAGAGGGGCCGCACCCAGCAGGCCCUGGUCAUCUACUAUAUCUUCAACAUCGUCUGUCUGGGGCUCAUGACCUUGGUCAGCCUGAGCGGCUCAGUCAUCUACCGUUUUGACCGCCGGGCCAUGGACCACCAUAAGAACCCCACGCGCAGCCUGGACAUGGCUCUCCUGGUGGGUGCCGCCCUGGGCCAGUACGCCAUCUCCUACUACUCUAUCGUGGCUGCAGUGGCGGGCACACCCAGGGAGCUGCUGGCGGGGCUCAGCCUGGCCCACGCUCUGCUCGUGAUCGCCCAGCACACAUUCCAGAACGUUUUCAUCAUUGAGAGCCUCCACCGGACUCCCCCCGGGGCUGAGCCUCAUGGUACUCCCCCCAAGGAGCCUUGCCACGGCCUCACCUUUGCCAGCCUGGACACCCUCCACACCUUGCCUGCCUGCCCACCCACCCCCAGGCUGGUUGGCCCCAGCCCAGCAGGACCUCAGGGAGCAGUGAGCAUCACCUUGGCCCCCAGGGGCCACUGGAGAUGCCGGUGCUUGAAGGACAUUUCUCUGUUUCUCCUGCUCUGCAACAUCAUCCUGUGGAUCAUGCCCGCCUUCGGGGCCCGCCCCCACUUCAGCAACGCUGUGGAGGUGGACUUCUAUGGCUACUCCCUCUGGGCAGCCAUCGUCAACAUCUGCCUGCCCUUCGGCGUCUUCUACCGCAUGCAUGCUGUCUCCAGCCUGCUGGAGGUCUACAUGCUGUCCUGA